AUGAAUGCGUUGUUCUGCUGCAGUCUCCGCAAACGACCGGAACUGUCCUCGGUGCCUGAUGUAUUGCUACGCAGUGGCACGACACCGAAAUGGAGAGAGAGCAGAUUGGAGACGCAUGAUCUCGCCGUGCCUUUGGGAAAGAGCAACGCGGGUACUCAACAGUCCUUCCGCUUCAUCAUCGUAACAAGUGCCGAGAUGAACCAGCCAGAUACCGAAAAGCGGCUUGACCGUCUUUAUCAUCUCGACGGAGGCGCCAACGUAGCCGUUCUAUUCCUCGUCGAAGACAACGGGAACGGAUCGUCCCGCGGUACCCGAUCGUUGAUAGAGUUCCAGGGCAGCACAAUGGAACAUUUCGACAUGCCGAUCCUACCAUUCACCUCUAUUGGCUGUCUGCCGGCUACGGUUAUAGCAUUUUGCAAGGAGCUCCAUGAUCGAGCCGCGCGACAUCCGCAGUCAGCCUUUCGCCGUGGGCCGGGUUCGGCACAACUACUUCUGCCGUACUGCUCGGUCAACCCACCACUGCCGGAGGGACAGGUGCAUAUUCUCAGUGACAUCACAGACGGAGUCAGGGAUUUAGCAUCAAAGGCCAGCACAAGUGAUGGGCAAAGGGUUCUCAGGGAGCGGCUGGACGAGCGCGAUGCCGAGGAUGUGAUUUCUUUCUGGUUGCAUGAACACUCGGUGCAACUCUCGGCAGAGGCUGGUAGCAUCAUGCAAGUCGGUGAGGAGACCGACUAG